AUGGGAGCCAAACAGUCGACUAAAAGGAAGAAGGGAAAAAGAUUUAACGAGCCCUACUAUGAUAACGUGGUCCGCAACAUAAAUCUAAACAAUGGAGAGAAGUGUUACAACCCGCUGGACCGGACGCUGACCUUUGUAGACGGAGAAGAUGACUUGGACUUUGAGUGCAACGACUACAAGUCUCUCAGGGCCAAGAUGUCCUGCGGCCACGCCGUCACUCCCAUGUCUCUCACCAGCUGGUGCCGCAGGUUGUUGGAUGAGGGUGAGUGCAAAUUUGUUUGUGGCCAAACCAACUGUGAUGUUCAGUGGUCCUUCGACGAAGUCUGUAAGAUGGCUCUUCUGACCCCCCAAGAGAAGGACCACUUUGAAAAGAAGCUGUUCAGCAACGCUGCAAAGAGGCACUUGAACAUUAAAACAUGUCCUGGUUGCAAGUCCCACGUUUGGAGGACUGACCUCACCAAUCUGGCUGUGGAGUGCACAGUGUGCUCAGUCGCCAAGAACAAGACUUUCAUGUUCUGCUGGCAGUGCCUGAAUGAAUGGAAAGGCCCGGCUCCACGUUCAGACCGCUGUGACAACACUGACUGCCAAAGCCCCCUGCACAUACUGAAGAGCUGUCCGGCUAUCGUCUUCAAUGAUGUGAAGGGGGUCCGAGGCUGUCCCUCCAUCCGUGCCUGCCCCGACUGCGGUUUGCUGGUGGAACAUAACAAAAACCAGUGUAAAAGCAUGACCUGUCCCCGCUGUAAGCUCAAGUUCUGCUUUGUGUGCCUGAAGGUCAAGUGCAAAAGCACAGACCCAUUCGGUCCUUGUCCCACAGGUGUAGCACCUAGACAGACCUCCUUACCUGUGUGGCGCAAGAAGUGAUCCUGUUGAUGCUUUCAUAAAAAUGUUCAUUUUUGUUUUGUGAUUUCUUUUUUAUAUCUUUAUCCAUACUAAAAGAGAAUUAGCCUACCUCCUUCUCUCUCUCCAGCUGAAACAUUUAAAAAGUAGAUUUCUACGUCAAAAUGCAGAUAAAUUACGAUUCUUAACGUGUCUCAAGACAUUUCUCAUACUUGAAACUGUGUAUUCUGUUUUUGUAAUAAUCAUAGACUUGGAUUGUCAGUGUGUAGUCACUUUGAUUUAGCUUUAUUCACUUGUUUCAUUCUUAUAUAUAUAUAUAUUUAAUUAAUCAUUUGUAUUCUUGUUUUUCCCGUACAUGUAUGUGUACUUUUACUGAAUACUUUCUAUUCCAGCAGUGAUGCAGAGUGCUGUGGCUACAGGGAGCUCUGUUAGGGGUCUGAUGGGGUGGGCUGGUCCUGGUCUGGGCCAAAGUGUGCAGAUCUUAUUAAAGCAUUUGUGCCUACAGGCUCCAGUCAGUAAAGGCCAGCCUGCUUUGUGAUAGAAGCAAGAAUCCAACAUCAUCUGAAGGAAUCAGCUCAGCGAACAGACGUUACUUUUUGUCGCGGUGAAAAACUGAACCCUGUCUUUGUACUGAAGAGUUGAGAAAGACAGCAAAGUGUGAUAUAAGAAGAAGCUUUGUUUACGUCAGUAUAUCAACUCCACGUUGUUGUACUUGUGAUGUAUUGAGUGAAACGGCUGUAAAUAAAUGAUAAAUGACG